AUGUCGAAUUACGCAAAACUAAAGAAACUGGAUGAGGUGUCUCUGCAGAAGCUUAAAGAAGGAGAGGGACCAGCUGAUCAGUGUCUGUGUACUUUACUCUCGACAGAAGAGAAGAAGAGCGUCGCGGCAUCAGUCAAAAAGGCUUUUAAGGCUUUCGGGAUCAAGAAAUCUAAGAAAGAGGGUGCUGCAAUUGAUAUCAGUAAAAAUGGCUUUAACAGUAAGCUAGAAGUCUUGAAACACAAAAAAUCUUGCGGGAAAUGUGUAUGUAACAAAGAGAAAUUAGUCCUAAAGCACUCUUACGCGAACAUUCGAAUCACAAGCCCUGACGUCUCCUCCAUCUGCCCUUGUCCUACUGAUUGCUUGCCAGAUAAAGAGAAACUACAGAACAAUAUAAAAGUUAUCGUAGAGCAUGCAAACGUACAUACAACGUUGAAAAACGAUGACGAUUAAAAAAAAAAAAACGAAAAUAUUAAAUAAAUAACUAAAAAUAAAA